GAACCACGCGACGCGACUUCUGGAUCUCUAAAUUCCACUGCCCUGAUAAUUCUCCAUCGAACAGUGUUGUGCCAUCUCUCCACUCGCCAAAAUGUCCGUAACAACGACCGCCAACCCAAUACACUACGAAGUGCAGUCCGUCCUGCGGGACUACGACAUCCAGCACUCCGCUGAUGAACCCCUCGACACAUCGCUCAACGCGCACCCAAACCCAAGUCCUCAAACGCAGAAUCCAAGCCACUGGCCCGUUGACCAUAAUCGAGUUCCUGCGUACCGUCCAAUAAAUACAGAGCUUGAUCAAAGCGAGCGGAGGGUGUAUGCGAAUGGCUUGGAACAGGCGUUCAUAGGCGUCAUGUUUACUGGGGUGUAUCUUCAGUCGGCCGCGUCGAAGAUUUGGAGAGGAUCGGUGGGCAGGAUCUGGGAUGUUGGUUAUGCCAAGGGUGGGGAGUGGUAA